AUGCAACUCCAUCUCUUCCCCCUCCUCCAUCUGUCCCUCUCACUCAUCACUCUGAUUUCUCUCCUCCCCAUCACCCAAGCAUGCCUCACCUACCACGCCGAAUUCCCCUUCGACAACGACAAACCAUUUAUAGGAAAGAUUAUCGAUAAUGGCAUCGAAACCUGCUGGAUCAAUAUGUCGUAUAAUGAACAUUGGAAAUGGCAGACUAUGGAAAAUGAGAAGGAUUGGGGGAGGAGGGAAUGGGUUGUGAGUUUUUCUUUUUUGUUCUUUUUUGGGUUGGGGUAUGGGAAGGUUGGGGUAUGAGGAGGUUGGCAUUUGGGAGGGAGAGUUUGGAGUAUGUGGUGGGGUCGAGGGUUUGGGGUUGGAUUUUUAAGGGAAAGGGGAGAGGAAGGAGUAGUAGUAGGGAGAAUAUCCACGGAAAGGGAUAAAACGAGCAAAAUACAGCAAAACCAGACAGACACAAUAAAAACCCCCAAAUUUCAACAAAACAAAGGCUAACCAAUCCAUCCAAAAAAACAGUGGAAACCAUGGCCCUUUACCUGCACCAAAAAACUAUGGGAAGGCAAAAUGAAACCCAAUACCACGGUAUAUCAUCCCAUUCUCCCCCAUCCCUAUCCCCAUCUCCUUUCACAAUCACCCCUAUCUCCCAUUCUCCUCACCCCAUAUGACCUAACCUCAAACUAACAACCCACACAGGAUCGAUCCUAUUCCGCAGAACUAGGCGUCGGACUCCGCGGCGUAACGUAUAGAGCGCACGGGGAGAAAUUUUGGUUUAAUCCUGAUACGGUGGAGGAUGUGGAGGGUGGGUUUAUAAUAAGAAGAUGUGGUGUGCUGGGAAGUAGGAUGUGGGGUGGUAGGGUGUGGUUACUAGGGUGAACCGGUGGACUGGUCUAGUAGCUGGUUUGAUUCUGGGAAAGAGGGGGAAUGGGGUUGAUGAUUGUGUGGGACGGGAUAUGGCGUAUUGGGUUGUCGAUGGGCAUAAUCAUUUAAAGAUCUCUUUACCACGUCAAAAUACAUCGAUUCUUCAGUCAUCGUCUUCUUAG